AUGAAAUCUGUUUUUACAUGUCUUGCAAGAGCCCCUCAGGCCCUGUCGACUCGGCAGUUUCAGUGUCGUUUUUUCUGCUCUACAUUGAAAUGCAUGUCGUCUAAUCUCCCCGGUAUUGUUUCUCCUUAUACCUCGGUUCAGCAACAGUUAGUGAAGGAUCUAAAUAGCAGUAAUGUUGGAUCUUCCACUCAACAAGAUAUGGUCAAUUUGAAUGAUUCAGAGCAUAUGCUAAGAGGAUUAGACCGUCUUCGUGUUAUUCCCAAAGACCCUACUUUUUAUAUGUCAAAUCCGCCUCAUGAGGAAACAAUGAGAAAUUUAAACAUUCUUCUUCGCAAAUAUAUUAAUCUCCCCACGGUGACUCGAGAUGAAACGGCUGCGGUAUCAUGGAUGACAUUUGAGGAAUACUCAGCUAUUGGAGGUGGGUCGCGUUUAAAGCCUAUUCAAUACAAGUCUCUUGUUAAACUUUUAAACAGACUUUCAUUGAUUGAUCCCCAACUUAUGCCUAAUGAGAUUUGGGAGGGUAUCCGACCGUUUGUCCGUGACAGAGGAUCAAAAAGCUCUCUUAGCUUUCAAAAGUCCUUGGACCAAUUUGGUAGAGCGUCAGCAGUUGGUAGGAGAAAGACGUCUAGUGCUCGUGUUUAUGUUACCAAAAAUACUGAGGCUGCCCAGGGCCAAGUUCUUGUUAAUGGAAAGAAUUUAAUUGAAUAUUUCCCUCGUUUGGUGGAUAGAGAUGCUAUGUUAUACCCGCUAAAGGUUGUUGAUCUUGUCGGUCAAUUCAACAUUUUUGCGACUGUUCAGGGAGGUGGCCUUACCGGUCAGUCUAACUCUAUUGCUCUUGCUAUUGCUAGAGGAAUAGUUAUGCAUAAUCCUCUUCUAAAAUCAAGACUUCACCGUGCUGGUUGUCUUACAAGAGACGCUAGAAAGGUCGAAAGAAAGAAGCCGGGCAAGCCAAAGGCCAGAAAGUCGUAUACCUGGGUCAAGCGUUAA